AUGUUUUCGUCCGCGUUCAAAACCUUUUCAUCAAAUAUCACAUCCAACUAUGAAAUCUCGAAACAGGCAUCUUCGACCAUUGGCACAUGGACUGUGUUUGACGCGAAAAAGAAGAGCACCGGCUCACAGGCGUCAAUAUUCGUCUUCGAGAGGAAGUCACUCGAGGUCAGCAACAACGGCCUUGGUGGGCGGACAAGCUCCACAUCCAUUCGCAAAGCACAAGAUGAGGUCCUCGAGCGCCUGAAGAAAGAGGCUAGUAGCCUUGCUCGUCUGCGGCACCCAUCUGUUUUACAACUGGUAGAGCCCGUUGAGGAUACCCGAAAUGGCGGACUCAUGUUCGCGACUGAGCCUAUUCUUUGCUGCCUAUCAGCUGCCCUUGCUCAAAAAGACAGAGAUAGCGGGCGGUCUGGUAGUGGUGGAUCCAGGGCUAUAUCGGAUGACGGAACCACUUCGCGAGCGCUCAACGAUGUCGAAUUGGACGAAUUGGAAAUUCAAAAAGGCUUGCUCCAAGUGGCCAAAGGACUUGAGUUCUUACACGACUCAGCGAAGCUAGUACAUGGUAAUCUAACCCCAGAUGCAAUUAUCAUUAAUGCGAAAUCGGACUGGAAAAUUUCCGGGCUAGCCUUUGCUGGCCCACCUGACGGUGCUGAAGGUCACCAACCAGUUCCCCAAAUCUCACUUUCUGAAGUUCUUCACCAUGAUUCACGAAUACCCCGGACGGUGCAAUUGAACCUCGAUUACUCUUCUCCAGACUUUGUCCUUGACUCCAACAUUACCUUCUCGGCAGAUAUAUUCGCUUUGGGGCUGGUAAUACUGGCAUGUUACCGCCAACCUCAUCGAUCACCUGUCGAAACCCACGGCAAUCAGUCUACUUAUAAGAAGAUAUUCAGUAGUGCUUCUACGGCGCCCUCUAGUGCGAACAAUUACUUCUCGGAAAACGCCCUGCCCCGCGAAUUGAACGUUACGCUUCCCCGUAUGCUCACCAGAAGGCCCGCUCAGAGACUGACGGCAAGCGAGUUCCAACAAUCGGAUUACUUUGACAACAUCCUUGUCAACACGAUGAGAUUCUUGGACGCCUUCCCCGCCAAAACUCCUCUUGAGAAGUCUCAAUUCAUGAAAGGUCUUGGGCGUGUGAUGCCACAGUUUCCCCCCUCAGUACUGGGUAAGAAGAUACUGAGCGUACUUCUCGACGAGAUGAAAGAUCGAGAGCUGUUGCCUUUGAUAAUGCAAAAUAUCUUCCACAUUAUCAUGGUAAUCCCAUCGAGCCGGGAGGUUGUUUCCGACAAGAUAUUGCCUCGCAUGAGAGAGAUAUUUUUGUCCAAAUCAAAAUCGGAAGAGAGGGAUAGCAGCAAGGAGGCUGCUCUAGUUGCUGUUCUCAACAAUAUUAAGCUCAUUGCAGAAAAUUGUUCUGCAAAGCAGUUCAAAGAUGAUGUACUGCCGAUUGUCCACGUCGCCAUGGAAUCGCCCACUCAUUCUCUCACCGAUGCUGCACUCCAGACGCUACCUGUUGUGCUGCCCUUGAUUGAUUUCUCCACUGUGAAGCAUGAUCUCUUUCCGGUAGUUGCAAAUGUGUUCAGCAAGACCAACAGCUUAAGUAUCAAGAUUCAAGGUCUUGAAGCUCUUGGGGUCUUAUGCGGUGCUUCCACCAACGCUGAUCAAGGCCAAGUGGACGAUUACUCUGGAACGACACAAAAUGAAAGACAAGACAAGAACUUAUCCAGCCUCGAUAAAUUUACCAUGCAAGAAAAGGUCAUCCCCUUAUUGAAGGCUAUCAAAACAAAAGAGCCGGCAGUAAUGAUGGCAGGUUUGAAAGUCUUGCGUCAAAUUGGUCGAGUUGCGGACACAGAGUUUGUGGCCUUGGAACUCAUGCCGAUUCUUUGGUCGUUCAGUCUUGGUCCAUUGCUAGACUUGUCCCAGUUCAGAGCAUUUGUGGAGGUGAUCAAUUCACUCUCAACGAAAGUGGAGCAAGAACAAUGUCGCAAGCUGGGAGAGUUGUCAUCGAGUCGACCAACAGGAUCUCGUGCUGCCUCGAACCCUAUUUCGUCGACCGGCAACGGGACAAAUCGCAUUGUUGGAGGCACAGGCACCGAAGAAGAUUUCGAGAAGCUCAUCCUAGGAAGCAAAGGCGCAGAAAGGAAUGAGAUCUUUGCAGGAGCGUUUUCUGAAGGCCAGAAGCUGACUCCGAAUGCUCCUACGUUCUCUUGGUCAUCGGUUUCCCCUGGGACGAACGCUUCUGCGUCGACUCAAGUUCAUUCUCCCAUACCCAGUCUACAGCCACAGCCGAUUUCCAGAUCCAUAACUCCGGAUGUCAGUAUCUCAGCAUUCCCCAGCCUACAGCCGGCAAAUUUGAGCUCUGCUGCUGCUUGGGGGACACCAGCAGGGAUGCCCCCAGUGGGACUUCAGCAACGACAACAGCCGCUACAAACAACCAACUAUCUUUCCAGUCCUUCAAUAUCUCCACCACCACCUGGCAACAGUAGUCCAUGGCAACUUCCUCCACCACCGACCUCCCAGACUGUCGGGGGUAGCCAGUUUCGACCAGCGGUUGCACCUCCUCCACCAAGCAAUGUACAGAACCCAUGGCAGCAGACGAGCUAUAUGACAGCGAUAACACCGAGUAUAUCGGGCCCCCCUGCGCCGACAAAUAGCAUCUUGCAGCCACAGAUUAACUCUCCAAGGCCGAAUCAGCAGCCACAGCCGAAACAAGGGCUAGAUAAGUAUCAGUCUUUGCUCUGA